AGAAGUGUUUGUAGUUGUAAAACUCAGAGCCCCCAUGAAUUGGAUUUUGAAUAGCAACAUGCUUUCCAUCAAUUGCACCUAUACAAAAUGCUAUCACCACCUGAUGAUGAUGAUGAUUCACCUCAUCAAUCACACGAGUGUUCGCUGGUAGAUGAAGAGAGUUCUCAUGACGAUAUCCCAGAAUCAUCAAGCGUUCUUGAUGAAGAUGCAGAUGAUGGUGCUAGUAUCACUAGCAUGAGUUCAAGAAAGUCAUGCAGUAAAAGAGCAAGAAAAAGACAUGCAGAGGAAGAGUUAAACUUGCUCAGUGGUUUGACCCAAUCACUUUGUGAAAGACAAAAGAAAAGGCAAAAAAAAGAUAGCAAUAGAAGUGAUAAUGCCAUUAGUGUUUUUGGGCAAUAUGUAUCCCAAACGUUAGCUGAGUUUGAUCCAAAAGAGAGCAUAUUAAUUCUGAUGCCAGUCUUUUUAUGCCUCAACAAGAUUUUUUGCCUAGUAGUCCCGAGUUUCAAGGAAAUGAUAUGCAUAACAAUUGAAUAAUAAUAAUUAAUGCACCCAAACAAGAAGUAA